AUCUUAAAUAGACCUGGUUUUGUGGUUUGGUGUUUAUUCUGGUAAAAAUUUUUGUGGAAAACACAAGUGUUUCAAGUGUUUACGGAGUGGUUUUAACAUAAUUUAAAAUUGCGAUGUCGGAUUCAGAGGCAAGUAAUGCUUCCGAUAGUGGGUCGGAUGAGGGCUCUUUGAGUUCAAACAAAUCGCAGCGUAGUGCACGAUCGCGUUCUCGUUCGGUUUAUCGGUCACGUUCAGGUUCACGCUCUAAAUCGCCCUCUAGAUCCCGAUCGCGUUCACGUUCGCGUUCUGAUGCAUCGGGCUCGGAAGAUGAGAGUCCAUCCCGCAAUAGACAACGUAAAAGUAGAAGUCGUUCUGGUGAUGAAGAACCUGAAGAUGGUGAGGAUCUUGAUGGUGAUGAAGUGGAUUCGGAAUAUGACGAAGAGGAGGAUGAAGACGAUGAUCGUCCACGUAAAAAAAAGAAGAAGGAACGUUUUGGUGGCUUUAUCAUUGACGAAGCUGAAGUUGACGACGAGGUCGAUGAAGAUGAUGAAUGGGAAGAAGGAGCUAAUGAACUAGGAAUUGUGGGCAAUGAAAUCGAUGAAUUAGGUCCUACCGCACGUGAUAUAGAAAUACGGCGUCGUGGCACUAAUUUAUGGGACACUCAAAAGGAAGAUGAAAUUGAGGAAUACUUACGAAAAAAAUAUGCUGAUGAAUCUGUUGUUAAACGGCAUUUUGGUGAUGGCGGUGAAGAAAUGUCGGAUGAAAUUACGCAGCAAACAUUACUGCCAGGAAUUAAAGAUCCUAAUCUAUGGAUGGUAAAGUGUCGCAUCGGCGAAGAGAAAGCAACUGCCUUGCUUUUAAUGCGCAAGUUUUUAACAUAUUGUAAUACGGAUGAGCCCUUACAAAUAAAAUCAGUUGUGGCCCCGGAAGGUGUAAAGGGUUAUAUUUAUUUAGAGUCAUAUAAACAAACACAUGUUAAAACCGCUAUUGACAAUGUGGGUAACUUGCGCAUGGGACAAUGGAAACAGGAAAUGGUUCCCAUCAAGGAAAUGACAGAUGUUUUAAAAGUGGUAAAGGAGCAGGUGGGAUUGAAAGUUAAGCAAUGGGUUCGUCUCAAGCGUGGUUUAUAUAAGGAUGAUAUAGCUCAAGUUGAUUAUGUUGACUUGGCACAAAACCAAGUGCAUUUGAAACUACUUCCCAGAAUUGAUUAUACACGGAUGCGCGGAGCUUUAAGGACCACAGCAACGGAAUCUGAUGACUUCAAACGUAAAAAGAAUCGCAAGCCUGUCGCUAAACCUUUCGAUCCAGAAGCUGUUAGGGCUAUUGGCGGUGAAGUUCAUUCAGAUGGCGACUUUUUACUUUUUGAAGGCAAUCGUUAUUCGCGCAAAGGAUUUUUGUAUAAAAACUUUACAAUGUCUGCUAUUUUGGUUGAUGGUGUGAAACCAACAUUAGCAGAAUUAGAACGUUUUGAAGAACAACCGGAAGAUGUUAAUUUGGAGAUCGUAGCUGGGUCCAAGGAUGACCCCACUAGUACACACUCAUUUUCAAUGGGCGAUAACGUUGAGGUUUGCGUGGGUGACUUGGAAAAUUUGCAAGCAAAGAUUAUUGCAAUUGAUGGUGGCAUGAUAACUGUAAUGCCAAAACAUCAGGAUCUCAAGGAUCCUUUAAUUUUCAAAGCUGGCGAAUUACGUAAAUUCUUCAAAACCGGUGAUCACGCCAGAGUUUUGGCUGGCCGGUACGAAGGUGAAACGGGCUUAAUCAUACGUGUGGAACCAAUGCGUAUUGUAUUAGUAUCAGAUUUGACUAACCACGAAUUGGAGGUAUUGCCUCGUGACUUGCAACUUUGUUCCGAUGUGGCUACAGGUGUCGAUUGCUUGGGCCAAUUUCAAUGGGGCGAUCUUGUACAACUUGAUCCGCAAAAUGUGGGUGUUAUCGUACGAUUGGAAAGGGAAAAUUUCCAUGUUUUAGGGAUGCAUGGCAAGGUUAUCGAAUGCAAACCGACAGCUCUGCACAAGCGCAGAGAAAAUCGCAAUUCAAUUGCUCUCGAUGCAGAUCAGAAUCAGAUAAAACGGAGGGAUAUAGUUAAAGUUAUGGAGGGACCGCAUGCUGGUCGGUCAGGUGAAAUUAAGCAUCUUUAUCGGAGCUUGGCUUUCUUGCAUUGUCGUAUGUACACGGAGAACGGUGGUAUAUUUGUUUGUAAAACACGACAUUUGCAAUUGGCUGGUGGCAGCAAAAGUCAGGCUAAUAAUGCAGGCGCACUUGGAGGGUUCGGUUUUAUGUCACCACGUAUACAAUCGCCUAUGCAUCCUUCUGGUGGUCGUGGCGCUCGUACAGGUGGUAGAGGAGGACGUGGCGGUUUCCGCGUUACCCGUGAUCGCGAAAUGUUGGGUAAAACAAUUAAAAUCACUGGAGGUCCAUACAAAGGUGUUGUUGGCAUUGUAAAAGACGCAACCGAGUGUACGGUUCGUGUCGAGUUGCACACUUCUUGUCAAACUAUAUCAGUUGAUCGUAACCAUAUUGCCAUGGCUGGAGUUCCCGGAAAAGAGGGCGGUAGUGUAUCGACAUAUGGUCGCACUCCAGCACGUACUCCUGGAUAUGGUUCACAAACGCCAGUCUAUGCAGCUGUGGGCUCGAAGACACCACUCCUUGGUAAUCAAACACCUAAUUGGGAUUCAGAAGGACGUACGCCUUACAGUGGUACAAUGACACCAUCGCACGAUGGCAGUAUGACGCCACGACAUGGCGCUUGGGAUCCAAGCAUAGCCAAUACUCCGGCACGUACGAAUGAUUUUGACUACACUUUGGAAGAACCUAGCCCCAGUCCUGGCUACAAUCCAAGUACUCCUGGUUAUCAAAUGAAUACACAAUUUGCACCACAAACUCCAGGCACUUUAUACGGUUCGGAUCGUAGCUACAGUCCCUUCAAUCCAAGCCCCAGUCCAGCUCCAUCUCCAUAUCCAGUUGGUUACAUGAAUACACCAUCACCAUCUACAUAUUCACCGAAUACACCCGGUGGUAAUCCACAGUCUCCAUAUAAUCCACAAACUCCAGGCGCUAGUCUAGACUCACCAAUCGGUGAUUGGUGUACAACCGACAUUGAGGUAAAAAUACAUACACAUGACGAUGCCGAUUUAGUUGGACAAACGGGUAUAAUUCGCACAGUUUCGAAUGGUGUUUGCUCUGUUUUCUUGCGCCAAGAGGAUCGCAGUGUGUCUAUCGUAAGCGAACAUUUAGCACCAGUACCACCAGAGGUUGGUGACGAAUUCAAGGUUAUCUUUGGUGACGAAAGAGAGUCGGUGGGUAAAGUUCGAUCAAUUUCUGACAAGGAUACCAGUCUUUGCCAGAUCAAUGACGAAGUUAAACUUCUUCCAACCGCAUAUUUAUGCAAAAUGAAGUCUAUCGAUUAAAGCUACCGUUUAUGUUGGCAUGAUUAAAUAACUAAUUAAUUGCAUCCAUUUUAUUGUUGGGUAUAGAAAUAAAAAUAAUUCCAACAUAA